GUCUCCGACAUUCCUUCCUUCGAAUCAAUAAAGAACAACUAUUGUUUGGUGACAUCUUCCGCCACAAAACCAUUCUUUGACCUGUGGCUUCUUUGUUGUCCGGUCUGCAUAAAGUUCUUCCAUUCUUCAAACCUUCAAACAUCUGUUCCCAUUCGUCUGGCACGAUUUGAACACCAUUUUACCAUCACUUAUCCAACUGUCGAACAGUCUUACGCUUUACGAACCAACCACCAUGUUCUCCAAGUCGACUUUCGUGGCAGUUGCCCUACUCGGCCUGUCCGCCGUUGAAGGACACAUGAUCAUGUCCCAGCCUGUUCCUUACGGCAAAGAUACUCUCAACAACUCGCCCCUGGCGGCUGACGGCAGUGACUUCCCCUGCAAGCUCCGUUCCAACACCUAUCAAGUCACCGAAUGGAACAAGGCAGCUGUUGGCGAGAGCAUGCCCCUGACCUUCCAGGGCAGUGCCGUCCACGGUGGAGGAUCCUGUCAGAUUAGUCUGACCACGGAUCUAGAGCCUACCAAAGACUCAUCUUGGAUGGUCAUCAAGUCCUUUGAGGGCGGCUGCCCUGCCAAUGUUGACGGAAACCUCCCCGCAAAUCCCAAUGGCGUGGAUCCAUAUUCCUUCAACUACACCAUUCCUGAGGGGAUCACUCCUGGCAAAUACACUCUGGCCUGGACCUGGUUCAAUCGCAUCGGCAACCGCGAGAUGUACAUGAACUGCGCCCCUCUUGAGGUCACUGGCGGCUCCAGCUCCAAGCGUUCCCGCGUGAUGCCGAAAUUGGAGGAGCGCUCAUCCAGCUUCCCUCCCAUGUUCGUCGCCAACGUCAACGGCUGCACUACCAAGGAGGGGGUCGAUAUCCGCUUCCCCCAGCCUGGUGCCGAUGUGCAGUACCUUGGUGAGGCCAGCAACUUGGCGCCCGUGGGCAGCGCUGCCUGCACUGGUACUGCUACCUUUGGUGGUGCCGGUGACACGAGCUCUGGGACCAGCUCUGGUACGAGCUCCAGCUCUGGCUCCGGCUCGAGUGCUGCAUCGAGCGCAGCUGCUGCCGUCUCUAGUGCGGUCGUCGCCAACGCCAAUGCGAACUCUGGAUCUUACAGUGCCUCAACUACCACGGCCGCUGCAAACACCGCUUACGCGGCGCCUCCAGCAGCAAGUUCUGCUUCGUCUGGAUCUUCUUCCGGCUCUUCGGCGGGAUCUUCGUCUGGAUCUUCGUCUGGAUCUUCGUCUGGAACUUCUUCCGGAGCUUCCCCUCAAGCUUCCGCUGGAUCGGGUACUUCUGGAUCCGGCAGCACUAGCACAUCGACCUCUGGUGCCCUGUCCGGCUCUUGCAGCACGGAGGGCCAGUGGAACUGCAUCAAUGGCUCUUCCUUCCAGCGUUGCGCCAACGGCAAGUGGACCGCUUCCCAGGCUAUGGCGAGCGGCACCCAGUGCACGCCAGGCCAGAGCGCCGACCUCUCCAUCGCUACUGCCAAGUCCAAGCGCGAUGUGACCGAGAUGCGCGCCAGGCGCCGUGCCCACGGAGGUCACCAACACGUUUAAACGUUCCAAACACCACCUUAUUUCAUAACGAAUUUCAUGAUUUCAUUUAAACAUUCAUUUUCACCCACUAUGCAUACGCAUGUGAAAGGCCCUUCGGAGGCUCGCUCUUUUUGUACAUUCAAGACCCGAAAAAGAUACAGCAUAUCGAGAUAGGAGAAUAUACUGCUGGUCAGUAUCAGUGA